AUGAGAACAAACUGGACAGGGCAACCAUGCUUCACAGUUAAAACUUCGGCGUAUGCCUCAUCUGAAGAGCCAAAUGUUUUUUCACCAAGUCUCCCGGUAAAUGGUGCAGCGGAUGUGUCAGUGGGGCCCUUUCCGGAGCAUAUGGCACCCGCCGUUGCUGUAAUGCACUGCACAUGUCGGACAAACCCCCUCAUCUCGCGACAACCGCGGCCCCUUUUAGAUUCUCAAUGCACAGCCUACCGAAGUUAA